UGUCCUGUUAUUCAAAUAUGCCUAUCACCAAUUCCACGACAUACAACGUACAACAUAUAAAAUUUUCUACGCAAAAUACUGAACGGUUAAUGGAUAGGCCUAAAGUUCUAAGACGUCGAAAAACGCCUUACGUUUGGAAAGAUAAAUUAAAUCCUGUUUUUGACGAUAAUGAUAUCGAUAAUGAUGAUGAAAGACAGAGCAUUAGUACCACAAGUAGUGAUAAUGACAAAAAUAGGGUAGAAAAUUUUGUCAAUAUGGAUGAAAAGAAUUUGGAAAAAGACAAAAAAAUGGGUAAAAGGAGUGAGAAUUUUAAUGAGAAGAGUGAUAAUGUUUAA